GUGGCGUUGAUGUCCUUGACUGUGGCUCCCCUUCGCCUGCUGCUUGUAUUAAUACUUACAUUUCUAACCUGGUCCCUUGCGGUGGUUGGGCUGGCAUGCCGACCAGAAGCAGAUCAAAGCAAACCACUUUCUGGGUGGCGGAAGUGCCUCAGAAAGCCCUUUAUUAUCUUGUGGAGAGCCAUAUACUUUGUGAUGGGGUUUUACUACGUGAAGACUAAAGGUGAGAGAGCCUCUGCUAGUGCAGCUCCCUUGUUGGUUGCAGCUCCUCACUCCAGCCCAUUCGACAUACUGCUGAUCUGUGUGGGGACUCAGACAUGCAGUCCCAUGUCACGUGCUGAAAAUGCCACUAUUCCUGUUUUGGGAAGCGUCCUCAAGUUCCUGCAGCCUGUAUUUGUUCAGCGUGAAGAUUCAGAGUCACGGACCAAAUCUGUACAGGAGAUUCGAGACAGGAGUUCUUCGCCCCUUCUUUGGCCCCAGAUUAUCAUUUUUCCUGAAGGCACUUGUACCAACAGAACAUGUCUGAUUUCAUUUAAAUUAGGAGCCUUUUUUCCUGGGGUACCGGUUCAGCCUGUGUGUGUGAAAUUUCCAAACAGACUGGACACAGUUACAUGGACUUGUGAAGGCUUGUCAGUAUACCAGUUGAUGUGGUUGACUAUCUGUCAGUUCUACACCAGGUGUGAGAUAGAGUAUUUACCUGUGUACACACCAAAUGAAGCUGAGCAGGCAAACCCCAGAUUGUAUGCAGACAAUGUAAGAGAACUGAUGGCGUCUCAUCUGGAGCUUCCAGUCACAGACCACACGUUUGAUGACUGCCGACUGAUGCGGGAAGCACAGAAGCUGCACAUGUCACCAAGAGCAGGACUUGUGGAAAUGCAGAAACUACACUCCAAACUUGGGCUUUCCUUUAGUGGGGCACAAGAAUUGCUACAACAGUUCAACAAGAUCAAGAGUAGCAGGUCCAUGAAAGCGGAGGCAGCCUUCAUUACGUUUGAGGAUUUCAAGAAUUACCUGAUGCUUCCAGAAUCUGAAGCUUUGAGAAAAGUUUUUGCUCUGUAUGACAGGGAUGGGUCGGGCACCAUUGACUUCCGGGAAUACGUCAUCGGCUUGUCUUUACUCUCAUCCCCAGUCAACAACGAUGAUACUUUGGAACUUGCUUUUGAGCUGUUUGACCUUGACAGUGAUGGACACAUUUCACAGGACGACCUCAAGACUAUACUGGGUCAAGCUUUCAACAUUCCUGAGGAAGAUGCAGAGACACUGUUUAAUGAAGUGAACACUUCUUGCAGUGGCAGAAUUACCCUGGAUGAAUUUAAAAGCUAUGCUAAGAAAAAGCCAGAAUAUGCCAGGAUUUUCACCACCUAUAGAGACCUGAACCUGCGACAGCAGCAACAGCUAGAGGGCAGCUCCAUACAGACCCUCUACGAUUCUGACUUUGAACAGUGGGCUACUCAGGUGGAUGCUGCCGCCAAAAAGUUGCAGUGA